AUGUCGGCGGGAUCGUGUCUCAUCACUGGUGGCACUGGCUAUAUCGGUUCCUUCACCGCACUCGCCCUGCUCGAAGCCGGCUAUAAAGUUGUCAUCGUUGACAACCUCUACAAUUCCUCACCUGAGGCUUUGAAUAGGAUAGAGCUCAUCUGCGGAAAGAAGCCUGAAUACUACAAGGUCGACAUUACCAGCGAAAGUGCUCUCGAUGAGGUCUUCAAGAAGCACCCAGAUAUUGACAGCGUCAUUCACUUUGCUGCUCUCAAGGCAGUUGGAGAAUCAGGCGAGAUUCCUCUCGACUACUAUCAAGUCAAUGUCUACGGCACCCUUGCCCUUCUACGCGCGGCUAAGAAGAACAAUGUCACCAACAUUGUCUACUCCUCUUCCGCAACCGUCUAUGGCGAUGCCACGCGCUUCGAAAACAUGAUUCCCAUCCCCGAAAUAUGCCCACUCGGUCCUACGAACCCCUAUGGAAACACAAAAUUCUGCUCCGAACUCAUGAUCACCGACCACAUCAAUGCUGAACGCGCCAACGCCCGCAAGAACAACGACGAAGCAAGUGUGAACAAGUGGAAUGCUGGCCUCCUGCGCUACUUCAACCCCGCAGGCAGUCAUCCCUCUGCUAUCAUGGGCGAGGACCCUGCUGGUGUGCCUUACAAUCUCCUCCCUCUCCUAGCUCAGGUCGCGACUGGCAAGCGCGAAAAGCUGCUGGUCUUUGGUGACGGUACGUGUAUUGUCUCGUUCAUGCCCAAAACCCCCGGACUCGUCGGCCCUUACACUCCCCGGCACGUACUUACUCUGACUCCCGAAACAGACUACAAAUCACACGACGGCACCGCCAUUCGCGAUUACAUCCACAUUCUCGACCUUGCGCAAGGCCAUCUUGCUGCUCUUGACUACCUGCGCUCAAACAACCCCGGCGUCCGAGCCUGGAAUUUGGGUACCGGCCGCGGUUCGACCGUCUUCGAGAUGGUCAAGGCGUUCUCCAAGUCAGUGGGACGUGACCUACCGUACGAGGUGGUCGCGAGGAGAGCUGGUGAUGUGCUUGAUCUGACAAGUAACCCCACACGGGCAAACAAGGAGCUGGGCUGGGUCGCGAAGCGGACGAUGGAGGAUGCCUGCGAUGAUUUGUGGCGGUGGACUGAAAACAACCCCGAGGGCUACCGACAGCAGCCACCCAAACACCUACUCGAGCGCCUAGAAAAGUUGAAGGCUGAGGGCAAGGUAUCGAUGAAGGACUCUGGCAGUGAGAACGCCUGA